CUCUCGUGAGAUGUCGUUGCCAUGGAGUCCACUUGCCGAAGCAAUAUGGGGUUCGUCUGAGAGUGGAAUUCUCCCUCUACACAUGAUAAUGAACAAAGGCAUUCCUUGAGGAUCACAAUGUCUCACAGCUAUUACAACAAACAAUGGCUGGAGGCUCAGGCGGCAUUGACCGAUCUCCUCAUGCAGGAGAUACCAACAGAGCCUCAAAAGCCAGAAAGGGAUCGUCAGGCUGCCUUUCAGCUUCUAGCUACAAUGUAUAUAAAAUACAUUCAGAUCAUGCGUAGACUGGAACAGUGCUAUGACCAGAUUGUCCAACCUCAGAAACGGCGAGUUCUGCGCCAUUGCCUGGAUGGUGUUAUGGGACGUAUCCUGGAGUUAAAGAAUGAAAUGAUCGACUUGGAGUUCUCAGAAUACCACUACUUUGAUGAUGUUCUUUCAGACCUCAAGUUGACCCCGAAUGAUGUGGAAAUCCCUAUUCCUAACUACUUUAUUCUGGAGCGAACUAAGGCCCUGACAAAGAGAGAAAAGCUCCUGGGUCAGGUGUUGGCCAGACUUGGACCACAAGAAUUGGAAAGAGACAAGGAGGAGGUGGCCAUGUCAUGGGAUCAGGCCAUACGUAUCAUCCAAGUGCAUGAACGAGCUCGUCAGGGACGGCUUCGUGCACGAUUUAUGCGAGAAAUUCGUCAGCAGGAAGAGAGAGAAAAAAGGGCACAGAUGUUUGGUGCUCCAACACUGGAUCCCGAUGUGGCUGCCAUUCGUAUUCAGAAAGUCUGGAAAGGUUUUUCUCAGAGACGCAGAACAAAGAAAGAGAGAGAAGAAGAAAUGAUAUUUGUGGGGAUGUUACCACCUCCACUUCCUAAUCCCAAAAACAUGCCCCAGACAUUUUGCUUACGCACUGAAGAGGACAGGCGCAAAACACAAGAUGUGCAUGAACAGGAGUACCAACAGGCUUUGGUUAAUAUCCAUGACAAACUCAUGGAGACUGAGGGACCUGACCUGAAGGAAACCAUGAUGGAUCAGAUUCGACAAUGGUUUAUUGAGUGCAGGGAUGCUACAGGAAAAUUUCCAGAGUUUCCUGAAGAAGAGGAUGGAGGAUCAGCCAUUAUUUUUGCACAAAAGGACCCUAUAGAACUUGAAAAGGAGCUAAAAGCAAAAGAAGAGGAUCAGGGAAAAGGCAAGAAAGGCAAGAAAGGCAAAAAGGGCAAAAAAGGCAAGAAAGGCAAAAAAGACAAAAAGGGAAAGAAAGGCAAGAAAGGCAAGAAAGGGAAAAAUGAUGAGGAGGAAGACGAAGGAUGGAAGAUGGCUCCUUCAAACUUUGUUCCUGCAGUUAAUGAGGCAACUGAUUCUUAUAAAGCUGUAUGGCAAACACGAGAUGAGACGGAGAACUUCGCUCAGAAAUAUGAUGCAGAGCUUAUCAGGGAGGAAAAACGCAAGGAGGUUGAAUCAGAAAUCCGCCUACAUGUAGAUGAACUGAUGAGAGUUGAACUGACAAACCUCAAAACUGCUGUUGACCGUGACAAGGGAAAGAAGAAGAAGAAGAAGAAGAAGAAAGGCAAGAAGAAAAAAAAAGGCAAGAAGAAGAAAGGCAAAAAAGAGAAAGAUCUGACUCCUGACAGGGACAUUGAGGACUUGUAUGAGGAGCUUGUAAUGCAGGGAAUCAUAAUACGGCCAAACCCUAUUAAGCUGGCUGACUAUGCAGGAGAGUAUUCAUAUCUUGGCACCACACUGCGCCAGGCCAACAUCGAACCUAUGCCUUCACUAAGUGAUGUUAGGAGACUUGUCACAGAAUUUGCCAUCUUACCUCUAGGGUCUGCAGCAGUUCAUGAGCAAGCCCCUUUGAUCAAGUCUGUUCUGCUUACUGGGCCUCGUGGAACAGGCAAACGCCUACUAGUACAUGCCAUCUGUAAUGAAGUGGGGGCUAAUCUGUUCGAUCUCUCACCUGCCAAUCUGGCUGGCAAGUAUCCAGGCAAGGAUGGACUGAAGAUGCUUAUGCACCUCCUCUUUAAGGUUGGUCGAGCACUGCAACCUUCAGUGUUUUUUGUUGGGGACUGUGAGAAAAUGUACAAGAAGAAAAUUCCUAAGACAGAUCUUACUGAUCCAAAACGACUGAAGAAAGAACUUCCAAAGUCGCUGAAACUUAUCAAACCAGAAGACAGGCUGCUGUUGAUCGGAACAUCACGCUGUCCCUUUGAGGCUGAGAUGAAGCCUUUAAUAGGGUGCUUUCAACGAACAAUUCUAAUCCCAAGACCUGACUAUGCAUCUCGUUUCUUGCUGUGGCGGCACCUCAUAACCAAGUUUAAUGGCAUCAUCACAAACCAGCUAGAUAUCAGCUCCUUGUCGAAGGUGACAGAUGGAUACACACCAGGACAGAUGGUCACUGCUGUAACACAAGUGCUCACUGAUCGCCGGAUCCAGAUGCUGAACAAGAAACCACUGCAGGCAGUAGAGUUCAUUGCUCCUCUGGCUCGUAUCGACCCUAUUUACAAGGAGGAGGAGGAGUCUUUUAAGGCUUGGUAUGCAAAGACCCCUAUGGGAAAGAAAAGGGCUAAAGCAGCACUUGCAGACGAUGAUGAUGUUGGAUCCAAAGGAAAAGGUAAAGGUAAAAAGGGCAAAGGGAAAGGAAAGGGAAAGAAAAAAGGAAAGAAGAAAAAGUAAAAUGGAUCAUCUCCCUGCAUUCAGCCGCAGUUCAAGCUGCAUUCAGCGACAUUUCAAGAUUCUUGGCCUGGUGUGGCUAGCGAAAAAAAAAAUCACCCAGCUGUGGAAAAUGUUUCCCUCUGUUAAACAGUUUAUUGUAAACUAUUCAGCUGGAAAUUGACAUUUAAAACAAACCAUGCUAUUUAAAGGUUUAAGGUUAAGUCGCUGCUUUACCUUUCCCCAACCUCCCACAUUAGACACAGGAACUAUUCCUAAGAGCUGUGUCAUUGAUGGAAGCUCACAGCUCCACAUGGUAUCAAACCGUCAUGUCUCUGGUUUUGGACAUCAGUGGUUUAACCACUGGGCUAUCCACGUCCCCAAGUCUAGGAUUCAUAAGUCUGUGAUUGCAGUGUUAUUCAUUUCGUUACAUGUUUACCAAAUUUGUUGUUAGAAGUUUUUGCAGCACAGCAAAUGGAUUGUUACUUUUGUUUUUAUUCUAAUUUUCAGGAAGUACCAAAAAGAAGUAGCAACCGGUUUUUUCAUAAGCCAUUAAAUGAGAAAAAUUGAAGAUUGUCUUUUGAAUUUUAUGAUCUAUACUGAUUAACACUUCUUAUUUUAAAAGUAUUUUAACUGAAGAACAAAAAAGAAGAUAGUAUAUUUGUAAUGUAUGAGAUUUUUGUAAUAUUUUUAUCUUGACGUGCAUGUGAUAUGAAAUAUGCUUAAUAAAUAUUAAAUGGGAAAACUG